ACCUUAACAAGUUACCUGUCCAUGUAGGCUUCGGUAGGCCAGGAGCCAGCAACCUUGUCCUGAGUUACAACGACCACCUCAAUCAUAUCCUACGACGAAGCAUAAUCCAUACCACGACCGCUGAGAUACAUUCUCCCUGACGAUCGCCAGAAAGCAGGGCAUGAAUACAUUCAUUAUUUAAACCCCAAGAGAAUUGGCUCCGUUCGAUCUUACUCAUCGUCUCCGCUAGCAGUCGGGGAUCCCUGGAAGGACCCUCCAUUUACCUUAGUUAUCCAUCUCCGCCUCGUUAUCUCGCCUCCUCGACCCUCAGCAUCUCCUUGAUACGUCGCCCGCUUUCGACUGAAUGACUGCGAAUACGACUCUGGUAGCUGUGCCAUAAGUGCCGCGCACUGAUGCAAAAGCUGCACCUGCACAGCACAAUCCGAGAGCAUCUAUCGUCGCCGAGUUGGCGACUAUCAUGACCGAACCGAGACGCUCUGCGCGGCCCUCGCCGCAUCGGUCCUCAUCAGCCCUGGCACCCGCCAACACAUCGGAUUCUACUUCUAUUCGCCCACGAAACCGGCGUCUUGCUAGCGCCCUCGACGACGACAGUGACACUGCGACCUCCCGGGAAGCCAGCCGCUCCCGCCGCGGCCGCAACCUCAAUGUCCACGACACCGCUGCUUCUCCAUCUCCUGCGCGGAGCUACGGCCUUUUGACAGCUUUUAGCCCUGCCAACAGCCGCUCCGCGAGUCCUCUGCCCUCAGAACGAGGUGGUGCCCCUCAUCGCACCAAUAGCGCAGCGAAUCUGAGCAACUUCUUCAACGAUUCGCUAACACAAAGCUGGGCUUCGAUCCAGGGCUUCACCUCCUCUCUCCUAUCAGGUGACAAUGGCGCAGCUAGGAGGUCUCGGUCCCACAAUCGAGCGGGCUCUCGACCUGGGACCUGGGGCAGGGACUUCUCUGGCAGUGGUAGUAUGAAGAAGACAGGUGGUGCUUGGGGCCCAGCUCCUCCCCAGGAACCCAACCUGAAUGAUGUGGGCGCUGGCUCGCUGGCAGAGCGGGAAACAGCUCUGAAGGCUGCGAGAAGGGCCAUGGUGCUGGAGAGCCAUGAUGGUGUCAAUGGUGGACUGGAUGUCAGUGGGAAUCAUAAACGCCGUAAUUCCGACGAAUCGACUCCCGAACAACCCCAGACUCAAGAAUACCUGGUCUACAUUCACAAGGUUGAACCCAGUGAUACAUAUGCAGGCAUAAUCUUGAAAUACCAGUGUCGAGAGGAUGCUUUCAGGAAGGCCAAUGGGCUCUGGACACGAGAUAGCAUCCAGGUGCGCAAAUGGCUGACAAUUCCCGUUGAUGCCUGCGAUGUGAGAGGACGGCCAUGCGAUCCACCCUCGUGGCACAACGCCCAUAGUGUCGACUUACUUGCGCCAACACCUGCGGUGGAAGAGAACUCAUCGGCCGUUCAUGAUGACUUCUUCAGCCGACCAAUUAAUGGAACGCCGUCAGCGACACAACCUUCUGAAGAAGACAAACCGUGGACACAUGUACGUUGGGUAAAAAUUGACUCAAUUCCUCAACCAGUCGAGGUUGCGCGGGUUGCGAGGAACGCGAUGGGUUACUUCCCGCCUCGACGAAAGAAGAGCAUUAGGACUGUUUCGACAUUUUCGACGCCCCGGCAGAGCCUUGACCUAUACAGUAACCCUCCUGGAUCUGCAGGCACUUCGUCUCGUCGCCAGAGCUCCCUCGGUCACCGACCCCAGCUUUCUGGCACCGUUAUGUCAAGUCCGGGACGAGGUGCGAUCAGCGAAGGGGGUGAAACCUUGCCGGCCUGGAUGCGUCGGCCUGGUGGUGUUGGCUCCAUGGGCAUGAGUACACGGGCUCCUGGUCCAGAUAAGGACUACCUCACUACAUGGACCAAAAAGCACUUACCUGGACUCACCCUGGAGGGGAUACCCUCCAUGUCUGUUAUGGGCUCAGAAACGGCGCAUUUUGGAUUCAAAUCAGGAGAAUCAUCGAGCAUAGUUGAGAACCCAUCAGGGGAGGGCCAAGAAAUCGGCUCGACACAGCAGGGCAAUGGACUGGACAAAGCGGCUGCGGCUGUAGAGACGUGGCUUAGGGGUGCCCUGUCACGCAAGCCAAGUUCGCAACUGGAUAGGAUACGAGGAAUGCCUGAAGGCAGCAGACCCGAACGAAACGGCGAUCUAAUAGAAUUAACAGAUACCGGCAGUGAUGAUGGACGUCCUUCAGGGGCACCACCGAUCAGCCUUAUGGAGUCGCUACAGAUUAAGAGCAGUAGCCGAAGUGAAGGCGAGGGGGGUGCUCGAGGACGAAUGGUGGCAAAGGGCGAUAAAGACGAUUGAGGGGCCACAGAGCUUGAACUCAAUGGAUCCAUCGCUGAGAAUCAUGUAGAAAUGCUUGGGCAGAGACAAGCAGGCGUUGUUUGUUGGAGGACUGCAUGUUGGAGCUAGUCUUAAGCUGCGAGGCGUUGGGAGGCAUUCGCAAUUCUUCAGGAUACUCGGUAUUGCAUACGUUAUAACAAAUUUGAAGAACUUGGGGUGUUUCUAAAACUAUAAUGGUUUUGGGACUGCACAUAUCAUAUAUAUCUAGAUAUACUUAGGUUGAUCUCGAACUCAUGAUCAAUCAUAGCAAUAACAUUGCACAAUUCAGA